GAGUCUUCCUGGAAGUUUGACUCCAGCUGCUUUCACUUUCUAUUACAGAACUGUAAGCUGAGGGGACUUGAAGAAGUGGGUGCAGACUCUGCUCAGCUGGCUGGGGAGAAGCCUACCUACUGCAUCUGAAGGAAACGUGCAUCCAUCAUGGAGCAGCACUGUGGUCUAAUCACUGGAAACAAGGAGCCAGUGCCACUGAAGAGCAUAUCGGUAACCCUGUCCAUUAAUGACUUUGUGGCUAGUGUCUCUGCAACCUUAAAUUAUGAGAAUGAGGAGAAAGUUCCCUUGGAGGCAAUCUUUGUGUUCCCCAUGGAUGAAGACUCUGCUGUCUACAGCUUUGAGGCCUCGGUGGAUGGGAAGAAAAUUGUGGCCGAAUUGCAGGAGAAAAUGCAGGCCCAUAGCAUCUAUGAGGAUGCCCUCUCCCAGGGUCACCAAGCUUACUUAUUGGAAGAGGAUGACUACUCCAGUGAUGUCUUUUCUUGCAAUGUGGGGAACCUCCAGCCUGGGGCCAAGGUAGCAGUGACCCUGAGGUAUGUGCAGGAGCUGCCUCUGGAGACAGAUGGGGCCCUGCGCUAUGUGCUCCCAGCAAUCUUGAAUCCAAGAUACCAGUUGUCUGAACAAUCUACAAAUAGUUGCUUGAAUAUAAAGACUCCCAUAGUCCCUUUGGAGGACCUGCCGUACACACUCAACAUGGUUGUCACCAUCACUUCCCAGCAUGUCAUUGAGAGGGUCCAGUCCAACUGCUGCUUGAGUCCUAUUCAGUACCUGGCUGAUGACAAGAUGUCUGCUCAGGUUUCCUUGGCUGAAGGACACAAGUUUGACCGGGAUGUGGAACUCCUGAUUUACUACAAUGAAGUGCACAGCCCCAGUGUAGCUGUGGAGAUGGGGAUGCAGGACAUGAAGCCAGAUAGUUUGAUGGGAGCUCCUUCUGCAAUGGUGAGUUUUUAUCCAGAUAUCCCAGAAGUGGAGGCCUCAAAGGCCUGUGGAGAAUUUGUGUUCCUCAUGGACCGCUCAGGAAGUAUGGGAAUGCACAUGAACAGCCAGAUGGAUUCUCAGUUACGCAUAGAGGCUGCCAAGGAAACUCUGCUGCUGUUGCUGAAGAGUUUGCCUAUGGGUUGUUAUUUCAACAUCUAUGGAUUUGGAUCCUUCUAUGAAAAAUUCUUCCCGGAGAGUGUGAAGUACACUCAGGAAACAAUGGAGGAGGCAGUGAAAAGAGUGAAGGAUUUAGAAGCCGACCUAGGGGGCACUGAAAUCUUGAGACCACUCUGCGAUAUUUACAAAGCUCCCUCCAUCCUUGGGCAUCCCUUACAGCUCUUUGUCUUCACAGAUGGAGAAGUUAGUGACACAUUUAGUGUCAUUAAAGAAGUUAAGUUGAACAGCAAGAGGCACAGAUGCUUCUCAUUUGGUAUUGGAGAAGGAGCUUCCACCAGUUUAAUCAAAAGCAUUGCCCGAGUAUCAGGUGGCACUGCAGAGUUUAUCACAGGCAAGGACAGGAUACAGACCAAGGCUCUUGGGUCUCUGAAGUCUGCUCUAAACUCAUCAGUGGGUGACAUUUCUCUGAGCUGGAUAUUGCCUCCUGGUCUGUCAGCUAGCAUGCUUUCACCAGAGCAUGCUGUCAUCUUUAGGGGUCAGAGGUUAAUCAUCUAUGCCCGACUGAAUGGGACUAUGCCUCAAGUGGAGAGCUCAGGAGAAGUGUGCCUCAAGUACACCCUCCAGGGUAAGAGUCUUGAAAACAGGGUGACAUUUUCCCUACAACCUAAGGCAAAUAAAAGCUUCACCAUUCAUCGAUUGGCUGCAAAGUCCUUGAUUCAGAGGAAGGACUUGGGCUCCCAUGAGACUUCAGAAGGAGAAAAGGAAGAUGUGGUGAACAUCAGCAUUCAGUCUGGGGUCCUCAGCUCCUUCACAGCUUUCAUUGCCAUAAACAAGGAUCUCAAUCAGCCAGUGCAGGGGCCUCUGGCUACCAGAGUGAUUCCUUGGCCAAUGAUGCUUCAAGAUUUGCCUGUACAUGGAUUUGAUUCUUACUAUGAUGAUACUUCAGACGUAGCACUUGCCUCCAGAUUCUCACUAUGUGAAGAAAGUGUGGAAGAUGAUGUGCAUAGAGAACGCGAAGAUAAUGGUGUUAUUAGAUUUUAUGACCUUGAAUCUUUAAAUCCUUAUAAGAGAAAAUUAGCAUCUGUAAGCAUGACGGAAACAUCAGACUCUUACACCAAGAAAGCCAACUUUCAAAACGACAAGAAAGGUUUUGGAGAAAAUUUUGCUAUGCAGCUGAUUUCACUCCAAAACGCCAAUGGCUCCUGGGAACUGGAUGAGCAUCUGACCAAGAUCCUGGGCACUAGUUUGGAAGACAUCAAGGCUGCAAACCCUGUCAAGGAUAGGGACCCUUCAAUGUGGGCCACAGUACUGGCUGUCCUCUGGCUACACGCCAAUGAAAAGGACUUGAAGUGUGAGUGGGAACUUCUAGAAAGGAAGGCAGUGGCCUGGCUCCAUGACAAUGCAGGAUCUUCCAUUCAAAUGCUUGUGCAAGCUGCCAGUAGUCUCCUGAAAGUGUCUGUGACUCCUGCUGUGUUUGGAUUUUGAGAAUACCAUGUGUUAAAUGAGCAUUUCCUAUUUACCACAGAGUCCCUGGGUUUUAUCUUAGCCCCCCCUUUUUUUGUCCUAACAAUAAAGGGUGUGCCCACAUUCUUGCUUACCUA